AUGUUCAAGACAUUAUUGCCGCGCAUGGGAAUUUCUGUCCGCUGGGUGUCCGACGACAACGCGGAAUCGUACCGAGCUCUUAUCGACGAAAAAACGAAAAUGGUCCUAGUUGAGACGGUCGGCAACCCGCGCAUCAGUAUUCCCGACCUACGCGCUAUCGCGGAAAUUGCUCAUGAAAACUUGGUUCCCCUUGUUGUUGACAACACAUUUGGUGCUGGAGGCUACUGGUGUCCUGUCAUCGAGUACGGCGCCGACAUUGCCGUGCAUUCUGCUACCAAGUGGCUUGGCGGCCAUGGUACAACGGUUGGAGGUGUCAUCGUUGACUCUGGUCGCUUCGACUGGACCAAAGCGGCGUCAAAAUUCCCGCAUCUGAAUAAGAAGAGCGACGGCCCACUAGACUUUUCCUACGCGAGCGCCUUUGGAAAUAUUGCAUUUGCCGUAGCGCUUCGAAUCGAAGUUGUCAUGGAAGUCGGCUCCGUCAUGAAUCCAUUCGCAGCCCAGCAGAUUCUCCUGGGCAUAGAGACGCUGAGUCUACGAUGCGACCGGAUCGCUUCGAAUGCUUUGCAAGUCGCCAACUUUUUGUCCAAUCAUUCGAGAAUCGAAUGGAUCUGUUAUCCAGGACUCGCGAGCGACAAGUAUCACGAGUUAGCCAAGAAGUACUUACGCCGCGGCUUCGGUGGCGUGCUAUCAUUUGGCGUCCGAGGCGGUACAGCUGGGAGUAAGUAUUUUGUUGAUGCACUGAGGCUGGUAUCAAACAUGACAAAUGUGGGAGACUGCAAAACUAUGGCAACCCAUCCCUGGAGUUCUACACACGCUAUUAUGUCGGAGCAAGACCGAAUCAACGCGGGAAUAUCAGAGGAGCUCAUCCGUCUAUCUGUCGGGACCGAGGAUGUGCUGGACAUUAUUCAAGACUUGGACCAAGCGUUCGCUACGAUCCCUGAUAACAUUGCAGGACAAACCGUGUCACAAAGUUAA